AUGACAAGCCUACGAAAAACCCAUCCCCUACUAAAAAUCGCCAAUGACUCACUCCUAGAUCUCCCAACACCCUCUAAUAUCUCAGUAUGAUGAAACUUCGGCUCUCUCCUGGGUCUUUGUUUAAUUAUCCAAAUUCUUACAGGACUAUUUCUUGCAAUACACUAUACAUCUAGCAUCAAUACAGCCUUUAUAUCUGUAGACCAUAUUUGCCGGGACGUAAACUAUGGCUGAUUCAUUCGAAACCUCCAUGCUAACGGGGCCUCUUUUUUCUUUAUCUGUAUCUAUAUACACAUUGGACGAGGUCUAUACUACGGCUCUUCCUUAUAUAAAAAUACUUGGACAGUCGGGGUUAUACUUCUACUUCUUGUAAUAAUAACUGCCUUCGUAGGAUACGUACUACCUUGAGGACAAAUAUCCUUUUGAGGAGCCACAGUUAUUACCAACCUCCUUUCUGCAAUUCCUUACAUCGGCAAUACUCUAGUACAAUGAAUUUGAGGCGGAUUUUCUAUUGACAAUGCAACAUUAAACCGAUUUUUUACAUUUCACUUCCUUUUUCCUUUUAUCAUUGCAGGACUUACCCUUAUUCAUCUUUUAUUCCUUCACGAAACAGGCUCAACUAACCCCCUAGGCUUGAACUCAAACAUAGAUAAAAUCUCCUUUCACCCCUAUUUUGCAUAUAAAGAUCUUCUAGGUUUUGCAACUUUAAUUUUUGCUCUCACAACUUUAACUGUAUUCAUCCCCAACUUACUAACAGACCCAGACAAUUUUACCCCAGCAAACCCCCUAAUAACCCCUCCCCACAUCAAACCUGAAUGAUACUUUUUAUUCGCCUACGCCAUCCUACGAUCAAUCCCCAAUAAACUAGGAGGUGUCUUAGCCCUCCUUACUUCCAUUCUAGUACUUUUAGUAGUCCCCUUCCUUCACACGUCAAAACAACGAGCCAUAACUUUCCGACCUUUUACUCAACUCUUAUUUUGGGUACUAAUUGCAAACCUUGCAAUUCUUACAUGAAUCGGAGGAAUGCCCGUAGAAGACCCCUACAUUAUCAUCGGCCAAAUUGCCUCAGUACUAUACUUCUCUUUAUUUCUAGUAAUAUUCCCCCUUACCGGCUUCAUAGAGAAUAAAAUCACAUAA